GCCUGCAGGGCAACCUUCGACAGUUAGAAAAACCAAAGGCUGGUAGUUGGUAUUAAUUUUUGGCCUGCUUAAUUAAAAGAGACGUCCCCACAGUACACGACGCUGGUGUCGCUUGUGCCGAACCACUACGGGACUACGUGACUGGCGUGGCCAAAGAGGGGCCUCAGAAUUCGGCUGUUGGGCUGGCGCGAGACCUUGCAAGGCCGUUUGGCAGGCACUCAACCUCCACUGUGUGUGGGGCUAUAGCUAUAUAAGCUACGGCCCACCGCCUGUUUGGGCAUCAGUUGCAUUUGUUCCAUUCAACAAGUAAAACAAUCUAAAAUCCCAAUCCUACCAAGAUGUUCAAGUUCGUCGCCGCCGUUGUCCUCGCUCUGAUUGCCUGCGUUGCCGCCAAGCCCGGAAUCGUGGCUCCCCUGGCCUACUCCGCCCCCUACGUAGCUGCCUCUCCCUACGUGGCGGCGUCUCCAUAUGUGGCGUCUCCGUAUGUGGCAUCUCCCUACGUCGCCUCCCCAUACACUGCCGCCUACGCUUCUCCGUACACCGCUGCCUACACCGCUGCUGCCUACGCCUCCCCCUACGCUGCCGCCUACACAGCCCCCUAUGCCGCUGCUGCCGCAUACACCGCCCCCCUGCUGCUGAAGAAGUAGAGAGCACACCGGAAGUGCCACCUGCCCACCUGUAACCUGAACGGAAGUCGAAGGACUCCCAUCCUGCAAUGAAUCACUGAAAUAAACUCGAAUCAAACGAACA